CAGGCCGAGCAGCAGCUGAAGAGGAGGACAAAAAGGUUACUCUGACUGCGCCUCACCAGAAGAGGUCCUGCCUCAGAUCUCCUCUCUCAGACUGGUUGGGACGCUCCAGUUCAGUUUUCUUUUACUCAUCCUCACCGGAGUGAGAGUGAAGACCUUUUGAAGACCCAGAGGUUUUUACUGUGGGAGCACAUUUCUUUGGAGUAGCUGCUAAUAGACGGAGACCUACAGUCUUGCUUUGUCUUUCCCUGUCUGUGGGGUGUGUGUGUGAGAGUGCUUGUGGGUUGGCACCGGUGAGAGCGUCUCCCUUCCCAAAGCCAGGAUGUCUGCAGUUCAGCUGCUGCUGGUCCCGCUGGCGCUGUGGGUUCUGCAAGCGUCUCUAUGCCAUGGAGCCUGUGUGGAGGUGGACUCUGACACUGACGCAGUGGUCAGCGAAGGCUUUAAGCUGGGAUGUAUCUCCUGUAAGAUGAGGGGCGAGGUGCCUGCCGAGGCCACUGUUGAAUGGUCCUUCAUGCCCAAAGGGGAGAGCGAGUUCACAAAAAUCUACAGCUACGAGGAUCUAAUGAGCGACAUUCCGGACGAGCGCUUCUACGAGCGUCUGGACUGGAACGGCAGCAAGAAGACCAAGGACCUGCAGGACGGCUCCAUCUACAUCCUGAACGUGACGUGGAACGACACGGGCACCUACCGCUGCAUCUUCAACCGCACCCUCACCUUCACCUCCUACGGGUUCCACACUGACGUCACCAAGAUCGUCCACCUCAACGUGGUGCCAAGACUGACCAGGGGGAUAGCGUCCAUCUUGUCCGAGGUGAUGAUGUAUGUCACCAUCGUUGGGCUGCAGGUAUGGCUGGUGGUGGAGAUGAUGUACUGCUACAGGAAGAUAUCAGCGCAAGGCGAGGAAGCACUGAGAGAGAGCGCGUUAAAUAAUGGCUCCAAACGACGAAUAGCUCUCGAUAGCCCUUCACCCCUUCUUCCAGACUUCCAUUCUGACACCAUCUCAUUACCCCAUCCAGGAGGAGCAGCCAAGAGGCUUGUCCAGAGAACAGAUGGAUGACAAGUGAAAUAGCCGAUGGGGGAAAAAAAGGACAUUACUGUAUUUAAAUGCAAAUAUACAGCAUGAGUGUACUAUCGAGCAGUACUAUAAUAUCAAAGAGAGUUGUAUAUACAGUACGUAUGCUUAAUUAUGCAAUCCAAAUCUUCAUUGUAAUACUCCUACAUUAUAUUAAGUUAGUUCACACAGAGCAUUGUACAUUAAGUAUAGAUGCAUGUGUAGUGAUACAUCAUAACCAUUGGCAUUAAUAUGUUUCUAAAGGUCAAUUUCAGGAUUCUAAAGUGUGUUUGUAUCAAAGCAAUUAGAGAGCAGAACUCAACUGCAAUCUUACUUGGCUUCAGUAGCCGGUCUUGAUCAGACCUUCAAUGGCUAUUAUGCACAGAUCCAGACUAGCCUACCGGUAUAUUCAAAAGCAUCCCAGUAAAACCUUAAGAAGGUUAUGCAUUCAGGUCAAUGAAAUUAGUACCCUGGGGAGUAGUAGCCUAACACACGGUUGACUAGCUGGGAGUAAUGGAUUGUACACAUCCAGAGCAACCAUUUCUGUUUGACAACAUCUGUCUACCUGUUAAAAGGUUAAAGCAUUAAUGUUCUAGUAAUGUUACCAAUAGGAUAACUCUCUGAAGCUCAAAAAGUACAUUAGGAUCGGGGCAAAUUCACUAUCCUGUGUCUAGUGCAGGACUCAUGCCUGUACAUACUGUAAAUCGAGAAGGACUGUAGCUAACUAUUUAUCAAUGCAAUGGAAUCAUUUUCACAUAACCGGUAGGUCUUAUUGAGAUUUUUGCGAGAGAAAAGGACGGUUGUGAUUCGAUGGACAUUCAUUUGGACAUUGGGGCGGCAGCGUAGCCUAGUGGUUAGAGCGUUGGACUAGUAACCGGAAGGUUGCGAGUUCAAACCCCCGAGCUGACAAGGUACAAAUCUGUCGUUCUGCCCCUGAACAGGCAGUUAACCCACUGUUCCCAGGCCGUCAUUGAAAAUAAGAAUAUGUUCUUAAUUGACUUGCCUGGUUAAAUAAAGGUGAAAAAAAUAAAAAUAAUAAUUUUUAAAAAAUCAGCUUGUGAGGGUUGCUUAAGUCAGACGACUUAAGGUAAUGAUCAUGGUCAAUUCCUCAAUGUAUCCUUCUAGAAAGUGUCACAUUAUAGCAGUGCCAUUUUU